GGUUUUGUUUUUGGUAUGAAUUUAAUCAUAUGACAUUGUGAUUGUGACAGUCAGUCAUUUAUUGUCGAGGAAAAUGGCUGCAGCUAUGGUAUCUGUAUGGGUUUUCUUAAUCUCUUCAAUAAUAGGUAUCAAUGCCUCUGGCGAACUAAACAUCCUCCAUAGUCCUGAGUCGUUAAGUUUCUCUGGUUCCAGUAAAACUUUCGAGAGUCUUUUAAAAGAAAUAUUUUCUGCUUCUCUUGGCCUUUCCGUUGAAGAGAACUCCGAAUGGAAUGGAUUAUUGAUAACUGAUCCGUUCAAUACUCCUGAAGCAGUUGUCGAAGUUUACAUUAGUGGCAUAUCCAGUCUGGGGAGUUCCGCUGAUUUUAAAUCCAAAAAGUAUCCUUUAGUUGUAGAUGAGUAUGAACCUGAUACUUUUGAUGUAUUAAAACACAGAAUCAAUCAACGUUUUACCAAUGGGGGCAAUAAGCUUGUGAACAUCAAUUUAAGUGACUCUGAUCAGCUUUUGUCAUAUUCAAAUGUGCUAGGGGAUUUAGAUAUUCCAAAAGUUAAAAAACAGUCCUUGCAGCACUUAAAAUCUUCAGUUGAAGAAGACUUCCAAUUUCUAAGUGAGCUUGCAGCCUUAAAAGCUGUCACAGAAAAGGUGGAGUCUGGUGCUAUCAGCGCAGAUAAUAUCAUCGACUUUUACAACUUACGAAUCAAUUCUUUGCAUGCACUACGUGAUUUCCAUGGUCCUAACUCGUUACAAACUAAGGAAGCUAAAAAGUUACUGGGUGAAGCACUUGAAGAAUUAACAAAGGCGUUUGUAAAAGCAUAUGAUGGUUCAGUUUUGGUCACAGCUGUAACAACUGACAUUGUCCACACACGCCGUGCUAUUCGCUCGGUAUCUGGAAAUGUCGAACUCAAGAAUAGUGUCGAUGAAGAUGGUUACUCAGCUGAUUAUGCUGCUAUAUUCAACAUCAUCCUGUGGUUCGGUGUAGUAUUCACCUUUACCUUGAUCGCCAUAGUAUACGCCCUAAUGGAUAUGGACCCCGGCAGGGACUCCAUUAUCUAUCGUAUGACCAACACUAGGAUGAAGAAAGACAACUAAAGUCUUCAGCUUCAGCGCUCGCAGAUUAGAACUUAGUGCAAUAUUUAUUUCUAUAUAAGUUCUAUGGAUGUUUUUUUGCCAAAAGACACUUUCGAUCAGUAUUGUCACAUUCUAGUUUUGUUUUUCAUUUUACAAUAAAUUAGCAUUCCCACGAAGCGGACCUACAAAAUAAUAUUACCGAUUUCAUGAUAUCGCCAGACAUGAAGCUUGGCUGCGCUGAAGUGAUGAUGAGGAGCGGAAGCGUUGCACUUGCUACUGUGUAUGACAAGUUAGGGCGACUAAUGUUCGGAUACUGUUAUUUGCACGGAUUAUUCUAUUUAGUAUUUCACUAUAACUAUAUAAAACAUAAUUUGUUUCGGUGUGAAGAUAGUAAGAUAGGCAUGCUGAAUACUCUGAUUUUAACGGGAGUAAUUGUCAUCCUCUGGUCGCGGUUGCUCGUCAUAAAUCCUGAACGCUCCAAUAUGGCCACUCCACUCCUUUCUUAUUCAUUUUCACGCAGGUGUAAGACAGAUCGCGCCAGAAUAGCUUGUCUAUACGUAUACAUAGAGUAAUAAGUGUAUAAUUGUUAUAACUUAAUUGUGUGCAAAUAUAAUGUUAUGUUGUCCAAUUAAAUGUUGUUCCAGAAUA